AAAAAAUCAAGAAGAAGAAGAAGAAGAAGAAGUAGCAGCAGCAGAAGAAAAAAAAGCAUCCCCCAUGUCUCUGUGAUCGAGUCCACGUAACAGGAAAAUUAUCCUGAGAGGAGAAUCGUUAAGAUGGCAGGCGAGGAGGAGAGAGGCGUGGUUCGAGUUAAAGUCAAGAAAUGUGAUGGGGUGCUUCCUGUGGAGUUUCGUUCCUUUGCUGUUGAUCCACAGAUAACAUCUCUGGAGGUCCUUCAACACAUCCUCAUCAGAGCCUUCGACCUCAAUGGGAAGCGGAAUUUCAGUGUUAGUUACCUGUCUCGAGAUCGGAGCAGUGUGGAAAUUUACCUGUCUCUGCUGUCUGACUGGGAUUUGGAUGUUGCGUUUAUGAGUGCCUCCAAACCGUUCCUGCAACUCAAGAUGGAUGUGAAGCCUUCUGAGGAGAGUCCAGUAAUGGAGGACUGGGACAUCAUAAGCUCCAAAGAUGUUAUUGGUUCGGAGCUGCUGCUUACAGAAAGGACGAGGUCCUUGGCAUCUGCAGCACUUCCCUUUACUCAGUCUCUGCUGUCCCAGGUGGGACGGACCUUGUCCCGAGUCCAGCAGGCCUUCACCUGGUCUUAUGGCGAGGAGAUCAAGCCUUUCAAACCUCCACUUAGUGAUUCUGAGUUCCACAGCUACCUUAACGGACAGGGCCAGCUGACCCGACCUGAAGAACUACGACUGCGGAUCUACCAUGGUGGCGUGGAGCCAUCACUGCGAAAGGUAUUUGACUGUUGCUACUUUCCUUGUGGCCUCUUCGUGAUUGCCAUUUGCUGGCAGUAUUCCAAGCUUCAUAGCCUUGGCACCAUCCUGGACAGCCCUCUC